CUGACACCUUUUUAAAGAGUCAUCCAGAAUAAUUUUAAACUUUAUUUUCACUUUAGCUGCUGAUUUAAGAACGUCACUUCUGAGUUAUAUGCAGCUCACUUCUUUUGAUAACGUAGACAUUAUAGGUUCUUAGAGUCUUAGACUUUCAUUCAGCAAAUAUUUACUGAGUGCCUGCUGUGCACCAGGCAUUGUUUUAGGGACUAGGAUUACAGCAAUGAAUAAAAUACUGUCCUUGUCUUCAUUGAAGGAGGUUUGAGGUAUAAAGACCAUAAACAAAUACAGAAUAUGUCAGGUGGUAAGUGCUUUGGAGAAAAAUAAAGAAGGGAAAAGGGGAUAGAAAAUACCAAAAUAGAUUUCUGGUAUUUUUAAAUAGUUGCUAUUUUGUGCAGCAUGAUCAGAGAAGUCUUCUCUAAUAAUGUGUCAUUUGAGCAGGGACAAGAAGGAAGUGAAGAAGUGAGCUGUGAAGCUAUCUAAGGGAAGAGCAUUCAAGGCAGAGGGAACAGCAAGUGGGAAGUCCCUAAGGCAAGAGUGUGCUUGGAAGGUUUAGGAAAUGGCAAGGAAGUCAUGUGGCUGGAGUGGAUGGGUAAGAAGAAGAGUGAUAAGCAGAUAGAUCUGAGAGGCUACACCGUGUGUGACUUUAUAGGCCGUUAUAAGGACUUUGGCUUUUGCUUUGAGUAAGAUGGGAAGCUGUUGCAGGGUUUGAGGCAAAGAUGUGUGACAUCAGUCACUCUGGCCAGAGUUGCUGCUACUCAAUAUAUGCCUUUAUGUGAAUUAGAAAAUGGUGCCCCCUUUUUUGGGCAAUUAUAGCCCCAGGAUGCAUGGCUUGGCAAACAGAGCAUAGACUGGAUUUUAGCUCUUGCUGUCCCCUCCUCCCUUAUUCCCUUCUCAUCCCCACCCUCCUACCCUGCCAGGAGACGUUACACAGUGUACAGUCUAUACACCCAUACUCUAGCCCUGCCUCAGGGUGCUGUGUGGAGAAGAGACUACAGGGGCAUGGGUUGGAAGCAGGAAGACCGGUUAGGAGGUACUUUCCAAGUGGAGAUAUCAUAGACAAUUUAAUAUAUAAGUCUGGAGUUCAAGAAAAAGAACGAGACUAGAGAAGUAAAUGUCUGAGUCUUCUGUGAAUAAGUGCUAUUUAAAGCUAUGAGAGCGGAGGAAAUAGAAUAUAGAUAGAGAAGAGGUCUGAACUUUGAGCCCAAGGGCACUGUAGGCUUUAGAGCUGAGAGAUUAGGAGAUCAAACAAAGGAGGCUGAGGAGGAGUUGCUAAUGAAGUGGGAGGAAAACUAAGAGAGCACGGUUUCUGGAAUUCAAAGAAUAAAGACGUUUGGAAGGGGAGUAUCGAAAAUCUAAAUUCCAACAAUGAAGACCUAGCAACAGUAGCAUAAGAAAAGGAGAGGCACGCCCCAAAUGGAGGCCCGAAGCCAAGGUGCCCCUUCAGACACUACACAUGACUUCUGAGAACCAGGAAAAAGUGAAAGCUCUUCUCCGAGACCUGCAGGAACAAGAUGCAGAUGCUGGAUCUGAAAGAGGCAUUUCUGGGGAGGAGGAAGAUGAUGAGCCUGAUUAUGAUGAUGAGCAGUACUGGUCAGCUGGACGAGAAGCUUCCCUUGUUCCUGACGCUGAUCCUUUGGAAUAUGCUGGCUCAGGCCUGGUGGAGCCUUAUAAUCCAGAAUUUGCAGUCUCAACAUUUGCAGUGCAGAAACUCUCCAGAUAUGGUUUCAACACGGAACGCUGUCAAGCAGCCCUGAGGAUUUGUGAUGGAGAUGUGGGGGCAUCACUAGAACAUCUUCUCACCCAGUGUUUUUCUGAGACGUUUGGAGAGAGGGUGGAGAUCUCAGAGGCAGUUGCCCGUAUAAGCUUGGAUGAGUGUGUGGAACAGCGUCAGGAAGAAGCAUUUGCUCUCAAGUCAAUCUGUGGAGAAAAAUUUAUAGAAAGAAUUCAGAACAGAGUCUGGACCAUUGGACUAGAACUGGAGUAUUUGACAAGUAAAUUCUGCAAAUCCAGGCCAAAGGAAAGUACCAAAAAUGUGCAGGAGACUUCACUUGAAGUCUGUAAAUUUUACCUCAAAGGAAAUUGUAAAUUUGGAUCAAAAUGCAAAUUCAAACAUGAAGUGCCCCCAAAUCAAAUUGUUGGAAGAGCAGAAAGAAGUGUCGAUGAUUCUCAUCUUAAUGCCAACGAAGAUGCAUCUUUUUUAUAUGAACUUGAAAUUCGAUUUUCUAAAGAUCACAAAUACCCCUACCAAGCUCCCCUCGUGGCAUUUUAUUCCACCAAUGAGAAUCUACCUCUGGCUUGUCGUUUACAUAUUUCUGAGUUCCUUUAUGGCAAGGCCUUGAUAUUUGCAGAAACUUCAGAACCUGUUGUAUAUUCUUUGAUAACCCUUUUAGAGGAAGAAUCAGAAAUAGUCAAGUUACUAACAAAUACCCAUCACAAGUACAGUGUUCCUCCUGUGAGCCCUCUGCCAGUAUCCUCUGCAACCAGAGUAAAUAAUCCUGUCUGUCGUAAACCAGUGAUUCCAAAUAAUUCUUUUGGUUCAAAUCAAAUUCCAGAAGUUGAAAAAGAAUCAGAACCUGAGGAGGAGACAGAUGAGGAUGAAGGUCCUGCACCAGUUAUAGUGGAGAAUGAAAGCUAUGUGAACCUUAAGAAAAAGAUUUCCAAAAGAUAUGACUGGCAGGCAAAAUCAGUACAUGCUGAAAAUGCUAAAAUCUGCAAGCAGUUCCGAAUAAAACAGGCUUCCAGACAGUUCCAGUCGAUUCUGCAGGAAAGACAAUCACUCCCUGCUUGGGAAGAAAGAGAAACCAUUCUUAAAUUAUUGAGCCAGCAUCAGGUGCUUGUUAUAAGUGGUAUGACUGGAUGUGGGAAAACCACACAGAUUCCACAGUUUAUUCUGGAUGAUUCUCUGAAUGGACCACCUGAGAAGGUGGCUAACAUCAUCUGUACCCAGCCCCGACGAAUCUCUGCGAUCUCUGUCGCUGAACGUGUUGCUAAAGAGAGAGCAGAAAGGGUGGGUUUGACUGUGGGAUACCAGAUCCGGUUAGAAAGUGUCAAGUCCUCAGCCACCAGACUGUUAUACUGCACAACAGGAGUGCUGCUGAGAAGGCUAGAAGGAGAUACAGCUCUACAAGGAAUCACCCAUAUCAUUGUUGAUGAAGUUCAUGAGAGGACAGAAGAAAGUGAUUUCUUGCUACUGGUUUUGAAGGACAUUGUGUUACAGAGACCAACUCUUCAAGUUAUUCUGAUGAGUGCAACUUUAAAUGCUGAACUCUUUUCAGAAUAUUUCAAUUCCUGCCCAGUUAUUACUAUACCAGGUCGUACAUUUCCUGUUGAUCAGUUUUUUCUGGAAGAUGCAAUUGCUGUGACAAGGUAUGUGUUACCAGAUGGGAGCCCAUAUAUGCGCUCCAUGAAACAGAUGUCAAAGGAGAAGCUUAAAGCAAGGCACAACAGAACUGCAUUUGAAGAAGUGGAGGAAGACCUCAGGCUCUCCCUUCACCUCCAGGAUCAGGAUUCUGUGAAAGAUGCAGUGCCAGAUCAACAGUUAGAUUUUAAGCAGCUCCUGGCUCGCUAUAAAGGGGUUAGCAAAUCAGUUAUCAAAACAAUGUCCAUCAUGGAUUUUGAAAAGGUUAAUCUUGAAUUAAUAGAGGCCUUGUUAGAGUGGAUUGUGGAUGGAAAGCACUCCUACCCUCCAGGUGCUAUACUUGUAUUUUUACCGGGACUGGCAGAAAUCAAAAUGCUUUAUGAACAGCUACAGUCGAAUUCUCUUUUCAACAACAGACGUAGUAAUCGAUGUGUUAUUCACCCACUUCAUUCAUCUUUAUCCAGUGAAGAGCAGCAGGCUGUGUUUGUAAAACCUCCUGUCGGUGUAACUAAGAUUAUAAUUUCCACCAACAUUGCUGAGACAUCCAUAACCAUUGAUGAUGUUGUCUAUGUCAUCGAUUCUGGGAAAAUGAAAGAAAAGAGAUAUGAUGCCAGCAAAGGGAUGGAAAGUCUAGAGGAUACUUUUGUCUCUCAAGCCAAUGCUCUGCAAAGAAAAGGUCGAGCAGGCCGUGUUGCAUCUGGGGUCUGCUUCCAUUUAUUCACUAGCCAUCACUUCAAUCACCAGCUUUUAAAGCAGCAGCUACCGGAAAUACAAAGAGUGCCAUUGGAGCAGCUAUGUCUAAGAAUUAAAAUUUUAGAGAUGUUUAGCACUCAUAAUCUCCAAUCUGUGUUCUCUCGACUCAUUGAACCACCACACAUUGAGUCUCUCCGUGCCUCAAAAAUACGAUUACGAGACUUGGGAGCAUUAACUCCAGAUGAGAAACUGACCCCUCUAGGGUAUCACUUGGCCUCUCUGCCUGUGGAUGUGAGAAUCGGCAAACUGAUGCUGUUUGGGUCUAUCUUCCGCUGUUUAGAUCCAGCUCUCACCAUUGCUGCCAGUUUGGCUUUUAAGUCUCCUUUUGUGUCUCCCUGGGAUAAAAAAGAGGAAGCUAACCAGAAAAAGCUAGAGUUUGCAUUUGCAAACAGUGAUUAUCUGGCCCUUCUACGAGCGUAUAAGGGAUGGCAGCUAAGUAUGAAAGAAGGCAUGCGUGCAAGUUAUAAUUACUGCAGGCAAAACUUCUUGUCAGGAAGAGUUCUUCAGGAAAUGGCCAGCCUCAAACGACAAUUCACUGAACUAUUAUCAGAUAUAGGCUUUGUAAAGGAGGGACUCAGAGCAAGGGACAUUGAGAAAAGGGCCCAAGGAGGAGACGGUAUCUUGGAAACCACAGGAGAAGAGGCAAACUCAAAUGCUGAGAACCCCAAGCUGAUAUCAGCAAUGCUGUGUGCUGCUCUGUAUCCAAAUGUAGUGCAGGUGAAAAGCCCAGAAGGGAAAUUUCAGAAGACCAGUACUGGAGCUGUCAGAAUGCAACCAAAAUCAGAUGAAUUGAAGUUUGUCACCAAGAAUGAUGGCUAUGUACACAUUCAUCCUUCAUCAGUGAACUAUCAGGUCAGACACUUUGACAGCCCCUACUUGGUGUACCAUGAGAAGAUCAAAACCAGUCGUGUGUUCAUCCGAGACUGCAGCAUGGUGUCUGUAUACCCGCUGGUCUUGUUUGGAGGAGGCCAAGUGAAUGUGCAGCUUCAAAGAGGAGAGUUCAUUGUCUCCUUGGAUGAUGGUUGGAUCCGUUUUGCAGCUGCUUCUCAUCAGGUGGCUGAAUUAGUAAAGGAACUUCGUUGCGAACUUGACCAGCUCCUCCAGGAUAAGAUAAAAAACCCAAGCAUAGAUCUGUGUACGUGUCCUCGAGGAUCUCGGAUCAUCAGCAUGAUUGUGAAACUUGUCACCACACAAUAAAGACCAGCCUUAGGAGAGUGCUUGCUGCUCACCUGCUUCUUGCUCACCUGGGAAAUAACAGCAGCCCCUCUACCUCCACCUACAACACCCUGUGCUGGGGCUGGCCCUGGAGGAGCCCAGGGCGUGCACUGCUGAGUCAGCCGAGGCACCGCAGACCCUUAGGGAAAUUUUCAAGAUUGAGUGUUUCUAACAACACAGUGGGCACUCCCAGCACAAUUUGGAGUGUCAACAGGAGACAGUCUAUAAACCAGCUUGCCUGUCUUUUUUUUUCUGUGACUGUCUUGGAAUGAUUGAAAUUCACUUGAUAACAUGAAAGUGAAUGUUUGGUACAAUUCUGUUGUAAUCUAUGUAUUAUUUUUCUCCUACUUUUUACUGGGUGAGAUAGGGGCAUGAGGAGAAAUACCGACAGUUUUUCCUGUCUUUUAAAGGCUCGACUGAGAGAAGUCAGAACAGAGAAGGAAAAAAAAAAUCACGUGAGCAAGAAAAAUUAAAAUUUCAUUUUAGGCUAUUGGCUACUGAGUAAAUGAUUUGUGAGGGAUUUUUAUUUUUACUCAUUAAAGUUCAGCCUGAAAAAACAAACUUAAUGAGCUCUUAUUUCUUAUUAAAAUAAGAGCUGGUCUUAUCCAUAACACUCUUAUUCUUAAAAGCAGAAGAAUGUGGGUGUCUUCAUUCUCUUCUAGGUUUUCCAUUUAGGAAUCUUUACACUCUCUUAUGAACUCACCAAGAUCUAAUGGCCACAUUUCACGUUACCCAAAGGCGGAUCUUAAUGGUCCUCUCAGAGCAGAGUUGGCACAGUUGAGGUAGAAAAGGUUGCCAUGGCAGCAUCAGAUUUACAGUCAUAAAAAUGACCUUCCAUGAGAAUUGCUUAUUUUCAACAACCACUUAGGUUAAUGGGGCUCUAUCUAGCAUUUUGAAAGAAUAUGAAUACGUUUACAUAUUCCCUGGACAUUUGUCAGCGUGGCCAGGAAAAAUCCCAAAGAACUGAGUGGAGAAAAUAUUCUUGUGUUUGUCUAGCCCUCAGGUAGAGAGUCACUACAGGUUCCGUAGUAUAGAUAGAAUUCAAAAUAAUCAACAAACCACCUCCGUGAAGGGUGUUCACUUUUCAAGGUGUUCUAGUUAAGUUUUCUGGAAGCCUCCUAGACUGUCCAAAAUGAUUAUCAUCAAGUGUAUUUAAGCUUCAGUGCACUUGACAAGCUUAGACUCUAAGCAGUAUUUUUAAAAGGCAUUCAUUCACAUCAUCACUUUAAAUAAAAAGCAUACAUAUGCAUAGCACCCACAGUAUUCAUGUUCCGACUUGCUAUUGAAACCUGGCUCACAUAACAGAACUGAUUAGGCUGGGACACUUAGGUGAAAGGAAGGAGAAAACUGCACUAAACCUCUAACCUUUUUUCAAACCAGUUUUGACUCUCGGUGCUAUAGUAGAGCUCAUGCUGCCCUAGCUAGAGCCAUCUGCCCAAGCUGACCUGCAGCUUUUAACGUAAGUUUGCAGCAAAGCAGACAGCUUAGAGGUACAGGCAGACCUUGGAGGUACUGCAGGUUCAGUUCCAGGCCACCGCGAUAAAGCAAAUAUCACAAUAAAGCAAGUCACACGAGUUUUUUGGUUUCCAGUGCAUAUAAAAGUUAUGUUUUAACUAUACAGUAAUCUAUUAGUGUGCCAAUAUCAUUAUGUCUAAAAAAACAAUGUACAUACCUUAAUUAAAAAAUACUUUAUUGCUAAAACAUGCUAACCAUCAUCUGAUCCUUCAGCGAGUCGUAAUCAUCUUGCUGGUGGAGGGUCUUGUAAAAAAACAUAAUAUCUGCGAAGCACACUAAAAUGAGGUAGGCCUGUAGUUAACAACAAAACUUUCAUUCAGAGUGCUGAGAAAUUGCUCCCUUCAGGGAAGUCAUUCUUGGGCUGGUUAUUUGCAGCCACAUACAAAUGCACAAAUCCUAUCCUUUCAUAGAUGUACCAGAAUGUGAAAAAGAUUGGGAAGCCUUAACUGAAGGCAUUGAAUAAGAAAAUCCUCACCCUAAAAGCUAAACUUAAGCUCAUCGUUAAAAUUAUGAAAUAAGAAAUGGAAUAGGAUUACUCCUUUGCAAUUAAAGAUCACACUGCAGUACAGUAUUUCAAGGUGAAACUGGAUUUGUAAGCCCCAUCAAGAUGGACAGCACAAUGUUAAUUUUAUGGGAGAACUCUGUAAAUGGUUUCUUAAAUAUUUCUUUUACUUUGACUGGAAUCUAGCUAGGGAACGAUAUUAAUAAAGUACUUGCUACGAAA